GGGUCGUGUCCGCUGGCGUGCGGAGUGUGUGGGGUGUCUUGAGGAACGCGGUCGCAGAUACCAUGUUCCUGACCGCCCUCCUCCGCCGCAAUCGCCUUCCUGGCAGACAGUGGAUUGGGAAGCACCGGCGGCCGCGGACCGUGUCUUUCCACGCGAAGCAGAGUAUGAUCCGUCGCCUGGAGAUAGAGGCGGAGAACCAUUACUGGCUGAGCAUGCCCUAUCUUACCGCGGAGCAGGAGUACGGCCACGCCGCGGAGCGCAGGGCGGCGGCCUUCGAGGCCAUCAAGGCGGCCAGCAUGUCCAAGUUCCCCCCCGACAGAUUUGUGGUAGACCAGCUCGACCAUCUCAAUGUCACCAAGAAGUGGUCCUAACCCGUAACCACCACCUUUCACUUGGACAGAUCACAGGGCUGCCACCUCUUGACCCGAUUCUGGAACCGAAAAACUGUAACUUCUGGGGAGAAAAAUGAGCAUUUGGACCAGCCUUAUUGAACAGCAGGCAUGAGUGUAGUGGUCUGCAUAUAGAAUAUCUGG